UAGACUGUCGAAAGUUUUUUAAAAUUCUAACACUCGGAAGCGUUGAAAAAAAAAAGAAAAAGAAUUGAACUUUAUCAUUCAAUUAAUUAGUUUGUAAUGUGGUGCUUUAUUUGUAACAUCAGCAUAUGCUAUUUUGCAGAGACGGUGGUAUGUGCUAUAUUUUAUAGAUACGUUUAAGGAAGCUUUUCGUCCUCCAAAAAGCGUCUUUAUGAUGAGAUCUUGUAAUGUUGAAUACUGAUUUUUUUGCUAUGAGCCCAUGCACUAAGUAACAAUCCUUGAAUAUCUAUGUUUUAAAAGGGUUUCUCGUCUUGUAUUCUUGUUGUGCGUUACAUACGUACGUUACGUAACGGGGGUUUAUGCGCGCGCAUGCAGCGAUAACAGCAGGUGGGCGGCGGAGCAUGCUGAAGCUGGCGCAACGGAUGACGGACAACUUCUGCGCGGGGGUGAGCGCGUCGUCGGCGCACAAGUGGACCAAGCUAGUGGGCGCUGCGGCCGUGGCUGCGGCAGGGAGAGGAGGCGGAGGCGGGGCCAUGGGCGUGGAGGAGGAGGUGCGGGUGAUGACGCGGCAGAGCGUGGACGACCCUGGGGAGCCGCCCGGGGUGGUGCUGAGCGCGGCGACGUCAGUGUGGGUACCGGCGGUGCCCCCGCACCGGCUCUUCGACUUCCUCCGCGACGAGCGCCUCCGCAGCCAGUGGGACAUCCUCUCCAACGGCGGGCCUAUGCACCAGAUGGCCCACAUCCCCAAGGGCCACCACCACGGCAACGCCGUCUCCCUACUCCGUGCCGCUGUAAGUGCCAAACCCACCCUUAUAAUCCUCAUUAAUUGGUGUCCAUUCACUAUUAUAUAGCUUUGCUUAUUAUUAUUAUUAUUAUUAUUAUUAUUAUUAGUGUAGAGCUACUAUGCAUUGGAAGUAUAGAGGAUUCGAUGGUUUUGACUUUUUGUCCUUUGGAUUAUUAAUUAUACGGUUGAGAUGACUGCGGUCCUCUCUAAAAU